AUGCCGACUGUCCACGCGGAAUUCAACCCGACUCGAAUCGACUCGAAGCAGCAGCGUCUUCGAGUGCGACAGAAGCGUCGCUACCAGCUGACAGUGAUCGAUAUACUGGUAGACUACAUCCGUUUCCGGUGCGAAUCGGUGGCCACAGGACAGCGGCAACCGCCAGCCAGCGCCACCGCGCUGCUCGGCGAGUGCAAUUCGAUCGUUAGCAGUCUGUUUGUAGUCUUCGAAGGUGACACGCAGUCGGUGACGCUGACCCUGCUCCGGGCGGUGCUGGAGCCGCGCUACACGCUGCUGCUGUAUCCGGUGUUCGAGAGCAUUCUCACCGACGACGCUGGUUGCGGUUCUCCCGCGGGACCUGUGACUGGAAGUGUCGCCCGGUGCACCACCAUCCCCCAGUACGUCGCGUUGCUGCUGUGCUUCAAGCGCUGGAAAUCCCUGGCCGUCACACGGGCAGAUAGGGUCACCAUCGAGCGGCAUGCGGUACGCUUCCUUCCGACACGCUGUCCCACCAUCCAGCUGGCAUCUGACGUCCCGUUCCUGCUCCUGCUGCCCAGCGUGCCAACGAAACAGCGAGCCCACGAAACACGCUUUCUGCUCGCCAACGAUCUGUUCGACGUGGAACGGUGCAUCGAUCAGUACGUCCGACACUAUCAGCAGUACACGGCGCAGAAGGCCCAGCACGGCACCGGUCAUCGGCACCGAUUGCAGCAGCACCGCUCGUUGGAAAUCCGAAGCAAUUACAUCAACGUGGCCGUGCUGGCGGAACUGAUCGAACGGAAAGUGCGGCUCUGGAACAACCGCUUGACCUGCCCAGUAGACCCAGAAGUAGCGCCCCCGGCCGGUGUGGAUCCGUUGUCGCCAUUACGCCAGGAAGCUAGUUCCAUCGUCGAAAGCCUUCGAUUGAUAUUUCGCCAUGGGACGGAAUUCUCGGAGCUGACCCUAUUGCACGUGGUGCCGGAAUGUGGCCCGCCCGCGUCGGAACCCCUGCUGGCCGCCGUCUUUGAAGCGUUUCUUGCCACCGACCCGGUCGCCGUUCCGAACCACCUCGAUCGAUCUGACGACCACCACCCCACCGGACUGGCCGUUUAUCGUUCGAAUGAUGUGGAAACCUACGUCCGGCUUGUCCUGUGCUACGCCAAGUGGAAAGCACUCUGUCGGCACCAGGAGCUCCGUGGCGAACGGGCUCGCAUCGAUGGAAUUGCACUUUCGCAACUGCCCCACGAUUGCCCCCGGGCCAUAUGCCCACGGGAUGCACUUCUCAGGCGAAUCUUGUACUCAGGGUCCGAACCAGGUACGAUGCUGGCUUCGAAUCGAUCGACGCUCACCGGCUUCCUGCUCCGAACGCUACCGGAUCGAAGCGAUUUGCAGGAGCUAUGCUUCAAGUUUCUCGAUGCGUAUCGCAGCGGGUCUUACGCAACAACACCAUCGGAAGACACCACACAGCAGCAGGGCGCUGUUCGCUCGGUCCCGACAAGGGCAGCAUACAAAUCAGCGACCAGCGUCAGUGGCCAGAAGCUAGCGGUCACAGAAUGCCCGGGGCACACGAACGAUACACAAGCUGCACCCGGACAGCCUAUCAACCCGGCGUGCGAAGGUCCGCCGGGACCGGAAAUGAAACCGAUUAUUAUUCCGGACAGCGACGGGCUGCGUCGAGCAGAUGGUAUCUCCGUGCCCGACCGCACCCUAAAACCAAUGUUGACCCGCGACCAGGAAGCCUUCGUGCCACAGUUCCCGUCAGUUUCGAUACCGGCCGUUUGCGGUUGCGCUGGGGACCUUCUCACCGCUGCGACCGACGUCGACCUCGCACCGUGCCCACCAAUGGCAGAGUGUUUUCUCAAUACGCCACCUGCAACACCCCAGCAGGAGGCUGCGAGUGAAGUGCCGAGCGAAGAGGAUCGUCGGAAUGUGCUCGUGCGGCGACACCCGACCCGUUGCAGUGACCGUUGGAGGGGCACAAUACGCACCAUUCAGCCCCGGAAGAAGCGGAACACCAUCCACGCAUCGACUGUCAGGCGUACCACCCUCGGGAGACCAUUGCACGAUGGCAAGUGGUGGAGUUUUGCCGACGUCCUUGCUGUCCAGUCACCGGCCGAACGGCGCGUUCCCGCAGCCGUCCGGUGGUCAUCAGCGCUGAAGAUCGGCCUCCGACCUCCGAACCGUGCCGUGUCCAAUCCCGCUAUCGCAGGCACCCAGUUGAACCCAUCACCACAACAGCUUGCACCGAACGAUCCGCCCUCGGGGGACGCACUGCUGCUUCAGCUAAUCGACAGUCUUGGGGACGGUGUGCCCCACGACACGAUGGCGAACCAGGGUGCCGUAGAUUUUACCAUCCUUGCCGAUAAUCCGCACGACUCGAUGGAGCACCAGGCGUCUCCAUCGGACCCCAUCGACACGUCGGCUAUCUUUGGCGAUGGCGAUCAAACCGUGCUGCUCUUCACCGAACAGGGACCCAUUUGUUGGCCAAUCGUCUAG